CCUAAAGUGUUGCUCUAUUCCUUCCCCCAAAGUUACCUCUCUAGUAUUUUUUCGUUAGAAUGCCCCCCCUCAGGCCAGUUAACAUUGAUGAUGCCAACUUGGCCUAUUACUACACCGUCUAGCAGACAUCAUAUGGGCCAUACUAUCGGCUCAACCAAAUCAAAGAUGACUUCCCCGCAGGUUUCUAUGGCUCAGAAAGGGAUGCAGGGCGUAGACAGACUACGACUGCAGCGGUAACUGCCCCUGGACUGACUACUACUACUGCGAGUCAAAGUAGUCCUAGCUGGACAUCCAAGCCUGUCUCGCAUUUCAGAGUCGUGGCGCAUACAAUGGGACCGGUAAUGCAGGGUGGACAAUUAAGUCAGAACCACUGGACUAUAUACAUGCUUACGAGCACGACGGGGUCUGUCCAGCUUAACAUGCAGCACGCCGACACUGUCUCCGACCGUGGUAAGCUUGUGGUUAAGGAGCAUGCCUAUAUCCAGUCGAAUACGGCAGUACAGUUCUGGGAUAUUCCUGCAUGCGCAAAUGUUCUCGCUGGUAAGGUUUAUGACUUUAUCCUGACUAAAAGACGGCACAAAUACAACAUGGCCGAAGGUGGAGUAGGGUGCCGUUGGUGGGUGCUUACUGUCAUGAGAGACAUUGCUGAGAGCGGGUUUUCGGAGGGAAGCAGUGUAGAGCAGUUUCUACCCAAUUUGUCGUAUAAUUACUCCAGAGGUGUAGCACCUAUUGCUUUAGCGAUGAAGCAGGGUAGCUUCUAUUAG